UGAGUUAAAGUUCACGCUGCAAUAUCAGAUAUUAACGAUACGAUACCGAUCGAAGUCGAACUUAGCAUCUACAGUUCAUAAGAUAGUCUGCUAACUUAAUAAGAGACUAGAAAGGGAAAAAUACUUCAUUUGGAGGCUUCAAAGAACCCUAGUAAAGGUCCUCCUUCAACGGAUCUCUCUCUCUCUCUCUCUCUCUCUCUGGUCUCUACAGCCAUGGCUCAGUUGCCUCCACGUUCAACGACUUGCAGACUCCACGUACCCGACCGUACCAAUCGAGCCUCCUUCGCUCGGAAGCUCUCCAAUGGAGCGUGAUAAACACCAGAGCCGUAUAUGAGAAGUGCACGACUUUCGAUCAUUCAUGCCGCAAUGUUACAGCCCCUCAAGGCGCUCACCUUCCUGCAGACACCACGUGCCGCCAUUAAGCGUCGCUAUUUCCUCUCCUCCUCUUCAUCCCCAGCUCCCUCCCCUCAUUACCCGGAUUUGGUCUCUGCUGUCAGCGACAUCCUCUCCGCCGCCCGAUGGAAGAAGAACCCGGAGAUCCUCCGGUUGACUCCGAAGCUGAGACCCCACCAGGUGUCCGAAAUCCUCGACACCCACCGGAACGCGAAGCAGGCUCUCGAGUUUUUUUACUGGAUCUCUCGUAGGGAUUUCUACAAGCACGAUGUGUGCUGUGCCAUGGCCAUGUUGAAUAGGCUAAUCCGGGACCAAAUUUUAAUGCCCUUGGACCGGGUUAGGAUUAUGAUGAUUAAGGGUAGUAGGGACGAGCUGGAGCUCAGGCAGGCAGUCGGGUUUUUGAAUGAGCUCGGCCGGAAGGGAUUCCGUCCGACCUUGUAUAGUUACAAUACUCUUUUGCUGCAAUUGGGCAAGUUUGAGAUGGUUGAUUUAGCUCGGGAAGUGUAUACUCAGAUGCUCAGUGAAGGGGUUAAGCCCAGCUUGUUGACAUUCAAUACUAUGGUUAACAUCUUCUGUAAGGAGGGGAAGGUCCAAGAAGCCUUGUUGAUCUUCAGCAAGAUUUCGCAGCAUGAAAUGAUCCCCGACGCAUUCACUUACACGUCCUUGAUUCUUGGGCACUGUAGGAAUGGGAAUGUGGAUUCAGCAUUUGAGGUUUUCGAUAGGAUGGUUAAGCGGGGCUGUGACCCGACUGCUGCUACUUAUUCGACUCUGAUUAAUGGGUUGUGCAAGAAAGGUCGGGUGGAUGAAGCACUCAACCUGCUCGCUGAAAUGUCUGAGAAAGAAAUUAAACCAACUGUGUAUACCUAUACAGUUCCCAUCACUGCAUUGUGUGAGGAGGGACGUGUGGAGGAAGCUAUACAGCUCGCUGGUGGCAUGAAGAAGAGAGGCUGUCACCCGAAUGUUCAGACAUACACGGCUCUGAUUAGCGGUCUCUCUGAGGCAGGGCUAAUUGAAAUGGCUGUUGGAAUGUUUCAUAAAAUGAUGAAGGUGGGUUUAAUCCCAAAUACGAUCACAUACAAUGCCUUGAUAAAUCUGCUUUGUGUGGAUGGGAGGUUUGAUAUUGCUAUUAAAGUUGUUGGCAUGAUGGAACGAAAUGGAUAUUUGCCAAACACACGGACAUAUAAUGAAAUAAUUCGAGGGCUGUGCUGUACAGAGGAUAUGGAGAAGGCUAUGGUUCUUUUUGAUAGGAUGCUUAAAAGAAGUCCAUUUCCCAAUGUUGUCACGUACAACACUCUUAUCGGUGGAUAUGUGAAACUGGGAAACCUGAGUAAUGCUGUUAGACUACUGGAUUUUAUGAAGCAGCAAAGGUGCGUUCCCGAUGAGUGGACCUACGGUGAACUGAUUACUGGAUUCUGUAGAGGUGGGAAGCUUGGUGAAGCAUAUGCUCUUCUUCAAGAUAUGGUGGGACAAGGAAUAAGUCCCAAUCAUGUUCACUAUACUGCUUUGAUUGAUGGCUGCUGCAAGGAAGGGAAGAUAGAUGAGGCAUUGUCUUUAUUCAAGAAGAUGGAGAACAUUGGUUGUAUCCCUAUAACUGAAUCAUAUAAUGCCUUAAUUAGUGGUUUGAGCAGAGGGAAUCAGUUUUCAGAAGCAGAGAAGCUAGUUAGUGAGAUGGUUGAUCGAGGAGUGAAACCAAAUGUUAUAACCUACACGUCCUUGAUUGAUGGGCUUGUCCGGAAUGAAGGGGUUGACCUUGCAUUUAAGAUAUUCCAUGAAAUGGAGAGUAAAAGUUGCCCUCCGAAUUCAUUCACUUACACAUCUCUCAUCUAUGGACUGUGCCAAGAAGGAAAGGUUGAGGAUGCAGCAAAAAUGGUGGAUGAAAUGGAGAAAAAAGGAGUGGCUCCUGAUCUUGUAACCUUCACCUCUCUAAUUGACGGCUUUGUAAUGGUCGGUAAGUUAGAUCAUGCUUUCUCGCUCCUUAAGCGAAUGAUGGAUGCUGGCUCCGUGCCAAACUACCGAACAUAUGGCGUGUUAUUGAAAGGUUUGCAGAAGGAAUAUCAGUUAGUUUCGGAGAAGGUUGUGGCUCAACAUGAAACUGUUUAUAGUUCCACCUCUGUUGAUACAUAUGUUAAUAUCGAUAUGGUGUUUCAUCUCUUAACUCGACUGUCUGAGAUUGGAUGUGAACCCACAGUUGAUACGUACACUAGUUUAGUCAUGGGCUUGUGUAGGGAAGGCAGGUCUGCUGAGGCAGAUCAGCUGGUUGGAAACAUGAAAGAGAAAGGUAUGUCUCCUAGUAGAGAUGCCUAUUAUAAUCUACUGGUUGCUUACUGCAAGAAGUCAGAGGUUGAUCCUGCAUUAAGAGUCUUCGAUUCAAUGGUUGAUGAAGGGAUUGAGCCUCGUCUGACUAUUUAUAGGGCACUUAUUUGUGCUCUCUCCAGGGUAGGCCGCAUAGAUGAGGGUAAAUGUUUAUUCAAGAGCAUGCUUGAAAAUAGGUGGAAUGUGGAUGAAAUUGUUUGGACCAUAUUGAUUGAUGGGUUGCUGAAACAAGGGAACUCAGAUCUCUGCAUGAAGUUUCUUUACAUCUUGGAGUCCGAGAAGUGCAAUAUUAGCUUGUUUACAUAUGAGAUUUUGGGCAGAGAAUUGUCCAAAGCAGAUUGUUCUAUUGAAGCUGAGCAAAUUGCUGAUAGGUUGAGAGUUCUAAGGCAAGGCCAUUGUUCUUAAGUUUCUCCCCUUGUGACUUGCUGGAAGUAUUGUAUCUUCAGAAAGAUGGAAUGGGAAUUCAGAUGACAAUCGCAGUCGAACUGAGUCAGGGCCACGUUUUUUUCCGCCUGAGUAAGUGAAUCUUUCUCCCUGUGCAAAGUCGCAGCUUCACAUCAAGGAGUAGCCCCUGAAGUUGAAAGGAAAGCUUUCGGAAUUUUGCUGGAAGACCUAUCUGGGUGAAUUUGCAAGACUUGUUUUGGAAGCUCGCUGAAUACAGGCAACAAUAAGCUAUUGACUUCAGCCCGCAUGAAAGAGAGAGAGAUCAAUUUUUGGAGCAGAGCCGCCUUGGAUUUUUUGCAUUCUUGAGCAUUCCUAACAACGAGGAUUCCUCCAUGUUUACGCACAGCUUAUAUACUCGACAAUGAUUCUUUCUUGAAAUACAGUCUAGAUUGAAUUUUGAUGUAUCUACUGUUGUUAGAUGAUGGGUCGCACCAUUUCAUCUCCGGGAAUGGUUUUUCUUUUUCUUGGCCAAAUCUCCGGGAAUAUUUGAUUUGGUGGAUCUCAACAAACAAAUAUUUCUUGCAAUACCAUACGAUGAUGCUGUAAUAAGGAUCAACAUUGUGUGAAUUUAUCUGGGCUGUAAAGAGAAGUUUUCAGAGUGAGAAAAGUGUUUGCCUAUGAUAUGGGAAUCGAUGUUCAGUU